AUGCCCUCUAAGAAAGAUGCACUGAAACAGCUACGUGAGCUGCGUGCUGGUGGGGGGAAACGGUCACAGCAGUACGAGGUGAAGGAGAGUGGCAGGAUCGUCGAGGAGGUUGAUGAGGACGAGUACAGGAAGCUGUGUAAGGCCAGACGGAAUGACAACUUUGUGGUGGAUGACCAGGGUGGCGAUGGUGGUGGGUACAUCGAUGACGGGCAGGAGCUGUGGGAUGAGGAGGAGUAUGACUCGGACUUAGAGAGGCUUAAUGACGAGGAGGAGAUGGGAGGAUCGAAGAAUGCCAGGAAGAUGCUGGAGAGGGCGCGUAGGCAGAGGAAAGCGGAGCAGGAGGCGGCGGCUAGGAGGAUGCAGGAGAGGGAGAAGGGACAGAGGGGGAUCGCACAGUUUUUCAAGGAUGCACCUCGGAACAAGCCAGCGUCACGACCGAAGGAGGGAGAGGAUUCGGCACCGGUCGACACAGCAGCAGUUGAGGACAUGCUCGAGGGUUUUGAGGAUGAGCUCUUGGCAAUGGAGCAAGGGGAAGGCGUUGGGGUUCGUCCGGCCAGG